UCGAUGCCACAUUCCAGAGCUGGCCAUGGAUGUUGCCAAAUUGUUCGAGGGGCUCUGGGCGCCAUCUCUGGGUCCAAUGCGACAUCCCCCAUCCAGUGAAUGGGGGAGCUCGGGUCGCACCCGACGAAAUUUAACCUUUCUGAACGCUUGCUUCUUCAACGUUGGCGUCGUCAGAGAGUCCUAUAAGAUGGACGGUGCUCCGCCCCUUCCCCUGACAUCUCCAGCCUCCGGUUCCCUCACCACCCCGCACCGCUCGUCACUCUCUUUCGACAGCCAGCCAGGAUAGUCACUCAGCCCAUCAUGAAGUCCUCCAUGGUCUCCUUCUUCCUCUUCGCGCUCGGCCUGGUCAGCGCCGCCACCCUCGCGCCCCGCGAGCGUGGGGAGCGGGUGGACUACACCAACUUCAAGGGUCUGCGCGUGACCCUCGCCGAGCACUCCCAGGAGCUCGAGGACAAGAUCGCCGACCUGUCCGCUCACAUCCUCAACCCGGGCUCCCAGAGCACCCUCGACAUUGUUGUCAGCCCGGGCAACGUCGAUGCCAUCCGCGCCCUGGUCAACUCGACCGAAGUUGUCAUUGAGAACAUGGGUGAGGCGCUUCGCGAGGAGGGUGAAGUUGAGGAGCAGAUGCAGCUGUUUGACGAUGGCACUUCGACCGUCGCCGCCGUACCUCCUGAGUCGUGGUUCACUGCCUACCGCAGCUACAACGACCACCUCCAGUUCCUCCGUGAUCUGCAGGGCGCCUUCCCCGGCCAGUCCGAGCUCGUCACGGCCGGAGCUUCGUCCGCUGGACGCACUAUCCAGGGUAUCCACAUCUGGGGUUCCGGAGGCAAGGGCUCCAAGCCUGCUGUGCUCUUCCACGGCACAGUCCACGCUCGUGAAUGGAUCACCACCAUGACCACCGAGUACAUGGCCUGGAACCUCCUCACCAAGUACUCAUCUGAUGCGUCGAUCCGUGCGCUCGUCGACAAGUUUGACUUCUACAUCAUGCCCAUUGUCAACCCAGACGGCUUCGUCUACACGCAGACCAACGACCGCCUGUGGCGCAAGAACCGUCAGUCGCGCAGCGGCCAAUCGUGCGUCGGCACCGACAACAACCGCAACUGGCCCUACGGCUGGUCCAAGACUGGCGGUGCCUCUACCAGCCCCUGUGCCGAGACCUACAAGGGCCUUGCAGCCGGCGAUGCCCCCGAGAACAAGGGGUUGAUCUCUCAGAUCAACACCUUGAGGAGCGGACAAGGCAUCAGCCUGUACAUUGACUUCCACAGCUACGGACAGUACAUCCUUUGGCCCUACGGAGACGACUGCCAGAAGGUCGACCCCGCCGAGACCAGGUGGCAGGCUCUUGCCACCAAGGCCCGUGACGCCAUCCGCGCCGUCUCGGGCACCGCCUACACCAUCGGCAACUCUUGCCGCGCCCUCUACAUGACCACUGGCGACAGCACGGGCUACCUGGCAGGAACUGCUGGUGCCGCGUACGCCUAUACCUACGAGCUCCGCCCACGUUCCGGCAGUGGCACCAGCGGCUUCGUGCUGCCCGCCGCCCAGAUCCAGCCCACCGUCAAGGAGACGUUUGAGGGAGUCAAGGUCAUGUUGCAGGGCGCUUGAAGUGGCUUUUCUUUUUGGAACCUUGAGUGCAUUCUCGAGUGCGUUUUCGAAAGAGAGCUACCAGCGCAGAAGCGGGACGACUAUCGAGGUUGGUCUGGGGGUUGGACACAUGAUGUAAAUAGGGCACAUAUAUAUACCUUCGCGUACAUACUUUGAAAUUAUGAGCCAGUAGUAUAGUAACAAGCUUUAC